AGAGCCUUCUCAUCUUCAUUCAUCUCUAUCUAUCUUCCCUUGAUCCCUUGAUCUUUCCAUUAGUUCCAGCUUCCCCUUACCUCAAUUAAGCCAGAAACAUAAUGGAAGUUGUUGAAGAUAUUGUGAUUGCAGGUGCUGGACUUGCUGGCCUAACUACAGCCUUGGGACUUCACAGACUGGGGAUUCCAAGUUUGGUUUUGGAAUCAUCAGAUGGAUUAAGGACCACUGGAUUUGCAAUUUUGACAUGGAACAAUGCUUGGAAGGCCCUUGACGCUGUUGGUGUAGGUGACACCCUUCGCCAGCAGCACAAGCAAUUUCAGAGACAUAGUGUGUACUCAUUGGUUUCUAGCAAAAUCAGUUCGGAGUUACUAUUAAAAGAACAUGAAGUCCACCGACGAGGGAUUGGAUCAAGUGGUAAGCGACUUGUUCCAGCAUAAGCAAGAUAUUGAGUUCGAGUACUUGUGUACGCAGCAGCCUUCGUUGUUGGGAGACUCACCCACCAUUUUCAAGUGCGUGACUCGGGUCAGAUCCGGAUUAGUCGGAACGAAGCCCCCGGAUACCGGACGGAAACCGAAAAAAAAAAAGAACAUGAAGUCCGAUCUCUGAAGAGAAACUUGUUGAUUGAAGCUUUGGAGAAGGAACUUCCAAAAGGCACAAUUAGGUACUCAUCUAAAGUAGUUUCUAUUGAGGAAUCGGGUCAUUUUAAGCUGGUUCAUCUUGCUAAUGGAACAAUUAUCAAAACAAAGGUGAAUAUCUGAAUCUUUUACGCCAUUGGAUUACAAUUUUCAACCUUGCUUCUUAAACCUUCAUCAAUUUGCAUAUGAAAGGUGUUGAUUGGUUGUGAUGGAGUUAACUCAGUGGUGGCAAAGUGGCUCGGUUUUGAUCAGCCAGUUUUUUCAGGGCGGUUAGCCAUUAGGGCUUAUGUAGAUCUCAAAGGUCAUGGUCAUGAAUUUGAACCAGAUGUCAUUCAGUUCUUUGGCAAUGGCUUUAGAACAGGUUUUAUCC